AUGUGUAGGGGGAGGAUUGGGGGUGCGCUUUUCUCUAAUAUAUCACGGCCAGGAAGUGGGAUUGUGAGGUAUUCGACGGAGAGUGGUGGGGAGAAGGAAAGCAAACAAGCAACGUCCCCACCCACACCCCUCGAAGUUCUGAAAUCCAUGAAAUCGCUCACUCCCCACGAAAAUAUUUAUACCGUCCCCAAUAUCCUCACCUUUUCUCGCCUCAUCGCUGCGCCCGUUUGUGGAUACCUCGUUCUGCAUGAUCAACACGCGUGGGCUGUUGGACUCUUUGCCUAUGCUGGGAUUACGGAUUUGGUAGAUGGAUGGAUUGCGAGAAAAUGGAAUUUGCAAACGGUGGUGGGCACGGUUAUUGAUCCGAUGGCGGAUAAGACGCUGAUGACAAUUUUGACGGUUUGUUUGGCGAUUAAGGGGGGUUUGCCUGUCUGGCUCGCAACCAUAAUCCUCGGCCGCGACAUUGGGCUCGCCAUUUCUGCCAUCUAUUGGCGAUGGAUUUCUCUCCCUCCUCCCAAAACCUUCUCUCGUUAUUGGGAUUUCUCACUCCCAUCGGCGGAGGUACAUCCAACUACUAUUAGUAAGUAUAACACGGCAUUGCAAUUAGGAUUGAUUGGAGCGACGACGGCUUUGCCGUUGAUUACUUGGGAUGUUGGAAUUGCUAUGACGGGGUUUCAAUACCUAGUAGCCACAACCACCAUUUGGAGCGGAAUGAGUUACAUCUACACGAAAGAUGCCGUUAAGAUUGUCGGUCAACCAGAUGCUACCAAGAAGGCAAAGGAACAGGAACAGGGACAAUCCAAUAAAAAACAGUGA